AAAUUAAAAAGUCGUUUUUUCAAAUCAUAUCUAAACAACCUCUACAAGCUCCCACGAACAAAACCAAGAUGGAAAAGAAUUUUGAACUUGAAAAAAGUGAUUAAAUAGUCCAAAAUCUCCAGCCAAGUAGAACCCAAAAUCCAUGGGUCGCAAAAGAGACAGAAGCCACUUCAAUCGCCCUGCUCCUUACUCUUUCCCAAAACGCCGCCGUCCAACACCAACCACCGAAGAUUCUUUGCCAUCGGAAAACAACUCAACAUCGUCCACCAAGCAGCAGCCACCGGCUAGUGUGGUGGUUAUCGGUGUUCCUUCUGAAUGUUCGGUGCUCGACAUUAAGUCUCGUUUUGAGAUUUAUGGAUCUAUAUCCAGAACACGUAUUGAACCCAAUGGUCUCGCUCAUAUCACUUUUCGUAACAAUGAUUCUGCUCAAUCUGCUGUUGAAGCUGCCGUUGAUACAUCUUUUCCCAUUACUCUCCAUUCCAAGCCGGUUCAGGUAAUAUGGGCAACUGACCAUGCAGCGCAGUGGAAGGAAGGCGUGAUGCGAAAGGAUGAACAAUCUACAUCAACAGUUGCAUCAAAGCUAGUUAGAGCAGAGGUGCCAUUAAGUAGGCACGGAAGAGGUAAUAGACUGGGAUCAGCAAUUGUGAAUCCCAGAGACGAGGAGAAUGAUAAUGUUGGCGGUACUGUUCGUGCACAUGUUAGUACAAGGUUGGUUGAGCCCUACAAGGGUAGGGAAAUUGUUGCCUAUGAUGAUAUUUUGUAACUUUCGUGGUUUGAGGGAUUGCCUCACUUGUAACAUUAACUAUAUGGCUCUCCAAAGUAAUAUGAGAGCUUUCAUUAGGUAAAGCUGGAGUUUUUAUUGCAGAUUAGUUGUGAUUUUUAGUUCCAGAUGUUCUUUUAGUGAGGUUCAGAUCUUGUUUGUUUUUAUUCUCUGUAUAAUACUAGCAAUAAAAAAUAAUCCUGUAUGUAAGAAUUUUCUUUAUUUGAGUAUGAAAUUCAUGUAUGUUUCUGUCUUAGCAAAUACAAUACUGUUCCCUGA